AUGUCCAAACCUGUUAAAACCAUGAAGCAAGAAACCCCUGAAAGAAAAGUGGUAGAUAAAGUCCCAAUAAACUCAGAUAUAACCAUGAAGGAUGAAGAUGACCUCUGCCAAGCAUUUUCUGAGAUACUUAAUAAUGUGGAAGAUAUUGAUGCUGAAGACUCUUACAAUCCACAGAUGUGCAGCGACUAUGUAAAAGACAUCUAUGCCUACCUAAAGGAGUUAGAGGUCCAGCAGUCUGUUCGUCCAAAUUUUCUGGAAGGAAUGCAAGUGACUGAUCGUAUGAGAGCCAUCCUUAUAGACUGGUUAAUGCAAGUUCACUCCAAAUUCCAACUACUCCAAGAGACACUCUACAUGGCUGUUGCAAUUAUGGACCGCUUCCUACAAGUUUAUCCUGUCCAACGGAAUAGGCUCCAACUGGUGGGAGUUUCAUCACUCUUUCUGGCAUCAAAAUAUGAAGAAAUGUAUUAUCCAGAGAUUGCAGACUUUGUGUAUAUAACCGAUAAAACCUAUUCCAAAGCUGAGAUUCGAGAAAUGGAGAGAACGAUACUUGAUAAGUUGAGUUUUGACCUGGGAAGACCAUUACCACUUCACUUUCUUCGAAGAGCCUCAAGGUGUUGCCAUGCAGAGGCAGAGCACCACACUCUUGCAAAAUACCUUAUGGAACUUACCUUGAUGGACUAUGAGAUGGUUCACUAUAGGCCUUCCAUUGUAGCAGCAGCGUCCCUGUGCUUGACACAAAAAGUCCUUAAUUGGGGAACUUGGGAUGCCACAGUCCAGCAUUUCACUGGCUACACUGAAGACAAUCUUCUGCCAGUCAUGCAGCAUAUAGCAAAGAAUGUAGUCAAGGUCAACAACAACAUGACAAAAUUUGCUUAUGUUAAGAACAAAUAUUCAAGCCGAAAACUACACUGGAUCAGCACCAUCUCUCAGCUGAACUCUGAAGUCGUAUUACGUCUCGCUGCCCCUCUUCUGUCUGCUGUGCAGUAG